GACAGACAGUAGUGGACAAGCCUAAACAUGCAUUGAUCAGUUGACAGUUGCUUAACUUUUAGUUUCAGCAAUAACUAGGCACCAAAUUAUGUGGAACUGGUAAAGGAUUUUCGGAAAGAAACACGAUGGAAACAAAGAGCACUCGCAGUGGCAUUCAUAUUACCACCGAAAGCAAAAAAUCUCCAAAAGAAUGCACCAGCACAACGAGUGGUAUGUCUCCUCAAGCUCGUGAUGAAGACCCGGUAUCGGAUAACAAAACCUCGGUUUUUGACAGCAACGUGGUAUCAGAGACAAGCACUAUCAACCGGUACAUUUCGAAACUGCAUUGUAAUCUGGAUUCGCGCUAUCAGUUUACAGGAAUCCUCGCAAUGGAAUUUCGUAGGCCAAUGUUCUCCUGUAAUGCGAAGUUAUUUCAAUCAUUCGGGGGACGUUCAACCUUGUCUAACUGCACCCCGAAUUCUGGUGUAACCAGUGAGCCCGGAGAACUAACCGGCCCAAAACUAACAGCAGAAUUGCGCAGGUGGAAUGCAGAAGCAUGGCCAAACCGACUGACUGGUGCUGAUCAGGUGACAAUUAUUCAAAACUUCUGCACUCAUUUUUACGAACGUUACUGCACCGCCUUUGGAGAUUUACAGGGAACUACACAAGUCACUUCGUACAGAAACGAAAACGGAAAAGAGUGGGCGGACAACAGUAAAGUUCAUCCAGCACCUGGCGAUCAAAUCUCUACGGCUGACAACACAUACACGCAGGAAUCACGUGGAGCGUUGUGUCCGUUCUUCUUCAUCGGGAGCCUCUCCGAUGCAGCUAAGCUUUGUGAACGACCGCCUGGAAGACCGUGGCCCGUGAUGCUCUUUUACUUGCAUCAUGAACAAAGUAAAUACACCAGGAGAUUUGUAGAAAAUGUUUUGUGCUCCAACGCUGAAGAUACUGAGGCAUCAAGUUGUGAAACUGGAAAUCGUACUCCAACCAUUCCGGAUUUGUUAGUCCCUGGGCAGUAUUCCUCCGCCAGCACGAAAGUUGGACAAUCAGAAUCUUUCUCACAACCAAAUGUUCCACAGUCCACGGCUCAGAGGGUAGUUGCAAGCCGACUCUCUCCACAAUCUGAGUUCUAUCGGGGACGCUUCGGUCGACGUAGAAUGAGCGAAAAUCUCGAGAGUGGUAGGAGUAAUGCUUCGUACCCAAUUAGAAGUUUGACCCGCACACCGCGAAGGUUAACUGCAUCCCCCGAAAUUCAAGUUGCCGCUCUCAAACGUCAGUUUAACGAUCAGUCUUUGAGAUGGCGAAGCAGCAGAAAAUACAGCACUUUCAAUGACUCAGUAGGCCGUGUAGGGCAUGAAUCAUGCACAAAUGGAAACCAGUCAAAGGAUAAGCAGACCAACAAUGCAUCUCGCAGUUUGCUUUUCCCCCGUCGAACGACUUCAGCCGAAGCACGGGAACUCAGUGGCUCUGAGUUGAUCAGACGUGAGGUGACAACACAACCCGAGCGGAAAUGUGAAUACGUAUGCGCGGAUUCUGAGGAAAACGACCAAGUUUAUGAGACCAGUUACAGAACUAAGUCGUUCCGGACGCUUUUGCUUGAGCGCAGUGCUGGCCUUGUUCCCUGGGACUGCACUACGGUGACAGCACGCGCUCACUUGGCAUCGGCGUUUCUUGGCACACAGCUGGCGCAGUGGUUGAAAGAGUGGCGUGAGCCAAACCAAUAUCCCGUGCUCGUGGCUAUCGGACGAACAGCAGAACGUGAUGUGGUUUGUAGCUAUCUGAGUGGACCAAAAAGCAAUCGUGUGAGUGCAUUAAAAUGGCUGAACGAAGUGACUUUGGCACACUUUUCAAAUUACCUCAACAAAACCGUGCCACUUUGCCCGGAACGAAGCGAACCGCUGACGGGAACCACGACUUCAUCAGCUGAGAACAUACAGAACCAAAUCCCUACACACAUUUGUUCGUACCUUCCCAGGGGAGCUUCUUUCACUGUGAGUCGGACAACAGCAAUUACUGGAGAACUGACGGAACACACUUUCACAUCCUUACUGAGUACCCGCGGACCGUCAAGUGAUCGGGGAGCUCUCACUCGUUCAAACUGUGCUAAAUAUAACGUUUCACCAAAUAUUUCUGAAGGAGUCAUCUACCGCGUGGGGAAAACACCUAAGCAGGAAGAAGUUUUUCACAGGCUGUGCAAAUUCUUAUCAAAAUGCACAACCGCGAAAUAUUUGCAUUCUAUCGGCAUUCCUGUGGAAUUCCUUGAUCUCAGGAACACAGUGGGAUUCCGCAAACCUUUGUCUACACAACAAUUAACCACUACCUUAUGCAUGGUAUCGGACCCGAUAGCAGAAUCGCAAAUGAUGAUCAUACCGUCCCUGGAAGCUCGAUCACGUCAUUCACACUUCCUUAUGCCUUCAAUGAGACGUGACUCACAAACCUCUGGUAGAAGCAGAAUUAAAUCUAUUACAAGAGAGCGGAGGUUAUCUUCACGGGUUUCGACCAGGUCCAAACCAAGAAGUGCCGAUCCACCAAAAUGCGAUUUGCAUGGUUCCCUCUUGAGGGAGGAUCCACAGUUCUACCACGAGUUCCGGCGGGACUUUGUCAAAGCAUUCCCCUCCAGCCCACCAUUUCUGUUAGGACACUUUCAGACCGCACUAAUGCGUAGUUUUGAUAUUCUGUCGAAUCAGCAAACAUCUCCGCUUCUAAUGUACCUUCAUGAUAGUCACAGCCCAGGGAUUUUUCACUUUGUUGCAAAUGUUUUGUGUUCUCGACGAUUCACCUCAAGACUUUUCGAUCACAAUAUCCAACUUUGGCCUCUGGAUGUUUCUGGAGUUGCUGAUGGAUCUUACAGCCUACUGGCAGAAAAUAGAGCCGAUCUUAUCAAUUGUGUGCGUGACAUCUGUAUUCCUGAACAGAAGCCGUCGUCCCAGACCUCUACUGGAAAGACGAAAAAACGAAGCAAAAUUCGGUCGUCGAGUGGCUUCGCGACCGAUCUACUAGGUGGCUCAAGGCCUUCCACAACGGCUCGCAAAUUAAAAAAGCAAGGUUCCAGUGAAAUGUGGAUGGCCUCAAGCAACAACACUCACUACCUCUCAGAAUGUGCUGCUCCAAAUUCAAACGAAUCAACGAAACAAACUAAUGCGUUGGCUAGUGCCGAACGCUUAUUGCAACUUCUCCAUGGCCAUCCAGCGGAAGUGCCCAUUCUGCCAACUAUCGUCAAUGUGUUCUACUCGGAGAAGAAGUUUUCGAUCACUCAUAUAUUGCUUCCUUCCUCGACAACGAAGAAUGCUCUGAGUUGGUUGAAUUCGGUUAUAAAGUUCUACCAUCGAUCGCGAUCCAAACGAUAGCAACCAAAUUUGCAGGCUUUGUUCUAUCUUGAUGCAUUCAUUCAUCUCAACCAUACCUUACUUGCAUACCUCUGCAUAUUGUUUUAAUCUGUUUUCUUUAAGUUCCGAUCCACCUUCCGGAAAAUUGUACCAAUCCACUGUGCCAUUGUCAAUAAAUACAUUAUUGAAUUUUUAUGCACUAUGUUCCAG